AUGAUGUCCCUGGGUGUCAGUAAAGGACGUGCCAUUCCAUCCACUGAUGAAGACCGCCGGAGGAUCAUUAAGCAGAUGAAGGUGCGCACCACCCUGAAAGGAGAUAAGAGCUGGAUCCACCACCAUAACUCGGACUCUGAGGAUGAGAAGAAGAGCAGCCCCCUGUCUGGACGGGACAGCGGGGGAUCCCCAGCCUCAACACCUACUGCUCCCCAGAGCGACAGGUCUUCUGCCUCCAAGCCUCAAUCCGGUUACCUCAUCAGAGGGGUGUUCACAAGAACCAUCGAUAAGACCUCUUCCGUGCCAGAUUCUUCAUCUUCUAACGAAGCACAGAAAAGUGCUGCCGCGAAGCGACACAGCCUGCGCCGCCCUUCCUCUGGCUCCAGGAUGACUACUGAGGAUUACAAGAAACUAGCUCCGUAUAAUGUCAAGCAAAAAUCAGUGGACGUGGAUGAGGAGGAUGUGCCUUUUACCCCAGAUGAACAUAAAAAGAGGACGGAGGCGGCCAACAGUGUCCUGAGACGCACGGCCAGCAGAGAACGUGCUUACGUCCUCUCAGCAGCCAAGAAAAGCAACGGCAGCCCAACACAAGAAUUUCCACCCUUGUUUGCCAAGAGAAUUGAGAUAGAAGAAGAGGAAGGCCAGCAGAGGAGGAGUCCAACCGUGUCUGGUUCAGGCAGGUUUACACCAGAUGACAACAGUACUAACGGGCUAAGAAGAACCGCUGGGUCUUCCUGGAAUGAGCCAAAGACUACAGCAGCAUCUCCCUCCAGCCCCAAAACAGGCAGUAAGAGCCAAACAACCACAUCCUCGAGUGAAACUCCAGCGAGAAUCUCCACUUCUGCUGGAAUCAGAAAUGGUGAAAACAGCCAAGACCCUAAUGGGAAAUCCUCGUCUGAAGCUGUGUCACAGCAUGAGAACGGCGACAAACCUCUGAAGGAAAAGUCUGAGCUGCUCCCCUGGGACGAACCGGCCCCCAGAGCAACCGUGGUUUCCACGAAUGGAAGUUAUCCUGAGCACACAGAAGCCAACAAUGGAUAUUACCCACCAAAGGACAGACCUGCAGAUCCUACAGACAUGCUGCACCAUCAGUACGAGACCUCUUGCUGCUUGGAUGAGGCGAAGUCUGAACCUGCAAGGUCUAGCUUGCAGGCUGAUAUCCCUUCUCCUCCUACUGAGAGAGCCCCUGUGCACCUAGAGGACACAGAAUACUCCUUUAAAGGACCUGUCCUGGGCUACGAGCAGAGAAGCAGCUCCCAGGAGAGCAGAUACGCGAGUCCCGAGGUCCCAGCGUACAGCAAGCCUUACUGGAAUGAAGCAAUGUCUUCCCAAGAUUUCAAAGAGGGGAACGCCCCUAGAGAAGGGGGGCAUGAGAGCACGUGGGCCUUGGCUGACUACAAACCAGAGCUGAUCCAAGAAGGGUUUUCAGACUCAACCAACCAUACUGAGAAGGGACGAGAACCUCCUGACCAUGAUGUCCACCCAGAGCCUCCCAGGUCGAAGGAACAUGCUGAACAUGAACCCAGCAUGACCAGGUCCAGCUCUCUACCUAGGGAAAGCAGCAUCACUGCUCCAGAGACCCGGGGUGCAAAUGAACCUGCCCCAUGCCAGGAGAGGAUCGCUCCAGCUUAUGAAGAACAAGCGUACCCCACCACAGACAGUCACCGUGAGAGCCCAGGAGACUGGAAACACAAUGAGCCCAACCCAGAGGCAGCCAGCAGGUCUAACUUCAGCUCAAAAGAGAGUGCUCUCGGUGCGUAUGAGACCCAGCACCCCAUGCCUCUGUACAUGGACCGCCAGCCUUUUAACAUCAGCGUGUCGGCCCCCAGUCACAGGAUACCAUCCUACGUAGACAGCCAGGCCUUCGGCACCAGAAGCCACGACUCCCUUCCCAGAGCUACCACCAUGUCCAUUUCCCAGAGAAGCCACAGGGUGCCGUUCUACAUGGACAGCUUAAACUGUAACAGCACCAGGCUUCUCUCAAGUUCGAGCGAGAGGAUCUGCGGUCCGACGGCCACCUUACCGCACAACAGCCCAGCGGCCUCUGGGUACCAGCCUGAUUCCAGCACCGCCGGAAAAGGGGUCCUCUUUGUGAAGGAGUACGUGAACAGCAGCGAGUUAUCAGCCUCCCCGCGCUACGGCAGUGGCAGCCCUGUGGAUUUGAACGAUUUGGAGAGAGCAACCUAUGGCUACCACAGCUACCUGUCCAGCACUCCCCUGCAGAGGUCCAGUGAACCUGUUUGCAGUUACUGCAGCCGUGAGAUCCGAGACUGCCCUAAGAUCAUAAUAGAGCAUCUCAACAUCUGCUGCCAUGAAUACUGUUUCAGGUGUGGAAUUUGCCACAAAGCAAUGGGAGAUCUUCUGGAUAAAAUAUUCAUCCACCGGGACAUCGUCCACUGUGACAAGUGCUACGAGAAACUCUUCUAG